AUGGCUGCCAACCCGAUUCAGAACGGACUCUUCGUCCACAACAACACUGCCCCGCCGGAGCACCCCAGCCUGAUGAGCAUGUUCUCGCUCAAAGGCAAGACAGCCAUUGUGACCGGCGCAGGUGCCGGAAUCGGUCUGGCGGUCGCUGAGGGUCUGGCAGAGGCCGGUGCCAACGUCGCCAUGUGGUAUAACUCCAACGCCAAGUGCGUGGAACGCGCCGCCGAGAUCGCCUCCAAGUACGGUGUGCAGACCAAGGCUUACCAGGUUCAGGUCACCGACCCCGAGGCCGUCGAGCAGGCCGUCAACCAGGCCGUCAAGGACUUCAAUGGCCGCCUGGAUGUGUUCAUUGCCAACGCCGGUAUUCCCUGGACUGAGGGCCCCAUGGUCGAUGGCCCGCUCGACCACUACCGUAAAGUGGUCGGCAUUGAUCUUGACGGUACCUUCUACUGCGCCAAGGCCGCGGCCGCUCACUGGCGUCGCCAGAAGGAGGAGGGCACCGACGCCAACGGCAACAAGCUGUCCAACUUUACCUACGGCAGCUUCGUCGCCACUGCCUCCAUGAGCGGCCACAUUGUUAACUUCCCUCAGAUGCAGGCUGCUUACAACGCCGCCAAGACCGGUGUUAUCCACCUCUGCAAAUCUCUCUCCGUUGAAUGGGUCCGGUUUGCGCGUGCCAACACUGUCUCCCCUGGCUACAUCGCCACAGAGAUCUCGAACUUCGUGCCGCAGGAGACGAAGAAUAUCUGGCGUGACAAGAUCCCCAUGGGUCGGGAGGGCAUGGCCCACGAGCUGAAGGGCGCCUACCUAUACCUGGCCUCGGAUGCAUCGAGCUACACCACCGGCGCCGACAUUAUCGUCGACGGUGGCUACUGUGCCCCGUAA